UUACAGUCGUUGCAGACAAUUAUGUUGACGUAGCGAGUGGCUGCCUCGUCCGAGUGAUAGAUUCCGGGCUACGCAAAGCGUCACCGGACGAAACACAUACAUACAUACGUAAUACAGGUUAAUAUUAAAGCCUUGAGCAACACUUAAAGUGAAAGGUACUUCAGAUAAUCUGUUUCAUGAGAUUUCAGUAUGAUUCGAGGUAUAUCGCAAACACUACGCCUGUUUAUAUUCUCACAUAUUGCAAAUUGUUGGUCUUCUUGCAGUCAAUAAUGAAACUGUAUAGCGUUUCCGAUGGACCACCAUCUCUUGCCUGUCGCCAAGCUUUAAAAGCUUUAAACAUUCAAUAUGAAUUAAUCGACGUGGACUUUGGCAAGGGAGAUCACAUGACAAACGAAUAUGCACAAUUAAAUCCACAAAAAGAAAUACCUGUGUUAAUCGACGGCGAUCUUAUAAUGGGAGAAAGUAAUGCUAUUCUACAAUAUCUUGGCGACAAAUAUGACACAGUAGGAAAACUAUACCCGAAGGAUCCAGAGAGUCGUGCAAUAGUUAAUCAUCGAUUGUGCUUUAAUUUGGCCAUGUAUUACCGUAGUAUUUCUGAAUAUGUGAUGGCUCCUAUAUUCUUUGAUUAUAAAAGAACAUCUCUAAGUCUGAAGAAAAUGACAAUGGCACUAGAUGUUUUUAAUACAUAUUUACAACGUGAACAUACAGAAUACGUUGCGGGUAAUACGCUGACCAUCGCCGAUUUCCCCUUAGUUACUGCAACUAUGUGUCUAGAAGCGAUCGAGUUCAAGUUGAAUUCGUGGCCUUACAUAGAAAAAUGGUAUAAUAAUUUUAAACAGAAACAUCCGGAAUUAUGGGAAAUUGCUGCAGAAGGUAUGCGAGAAAUUAGUUACUACGAAAAGAAUCCACCUGAUUUGUCUGAUAUGGAUCAUCCGAUUCAUCCAAUUCGCAAAAGCAAUAAAUAGCUUAACAUAUAAGUUAUAAGAUGCAAUUAUUUUAUAACGGUUCUACAUAUAUGAAAUGCUAACACAUUUCUAAAAUUAAAUGUUAAUAUACGUAUAUUACUACGUUCUCUAAUAAAUUAAAUGCUUUUACUGACAUUGA